UCAAGUCAAUGUCAAAAACAGCGCAGUUUUGUUUUCCGCGUUCAGUGUGUGAGCAAAUUGUUUUUCCUACAUUAUUUUCCAAGAAAAACCAUCGAAGCACUGACCAAAAGUGAUUUAAAGUGAAAUUGGGGAAAGUCUUAAGGUGGGCGUGAAGGAAAAUUGCUCAAGGAAGAAUUAUUUGUGGGUGAAAAGAAGAAAAGUUUUUCACAAUGGCAACAAUGGCGGCUAUUGAGAAGACCGGCACUGGAUGGCCAAGGAGAAACAGUCAAGGAAAUGCAGCUGCAGCUGCCACUCCAGAUGCUCAACAGCAGAAAAUUACCCUCAAUCAAUCUGUUACUAUCAACAGAACCAUUAACCUGUACCCCCUGACAAAUUACACAUUUGGCACGAAGGAACCACUCUUCGAGAAGGAUCCAUCAGUGCCAGCCAGGUUUCAGCGGAUGCGCGAUGAAUUCGAUCGCAUCGGGAUGAGGCGAUCCGUCGAAGGAGUACUCCUUGUCCACGAACAUGGACUUCCGCACGUCCUGCUUCUCCAGCUGGGCACAACUUUCUUCAAAUUGCCCGGAGGAGAGCUCAACGCAGGGGAAGAUGAAGUCGAAGGCCUCAAGAGACUCCUCACUGAAACACUCGGCCGGCAGGAUGGAGUUAAGCAGGAGUGGAUUGUGGAGGACACCAUCGGAAACUGGUGGAGGCCCAACUUCGAACCACCUCAGUAUCCAUAUAUUCCACCCCAUAUCACCAAACCCAAGGAACACAAACGUUUGUUUCUCGUCCAACUUCACGAAAAGGCUCUCUUUGCCGUGCCGAAGAACUACAAGUUAGUGGCUGCUCCACUCUUUGAGCUCUACGACAAUUCCCAGGGCUAUGGACCGAUCAUUUCAUCACUGCCACAGGCACUUUGCAGGUUCAAUUUCAUCUACAUGGCCAACUGACUAACCGUCAAUGUGCAAGAAGCCUGAAAUUGGAGUUAGAGGAUGCUGAAAAAAAGGAGAGGCGAAAGAAAUUUUUGGGGGACAAUUUCUGAAGUAUUUCUUGGAAAAUCUGAACCAUCGGAUCUUCCCCCCUUCAACACUUAAAGUUCCAUUGUCUGUGGCGAUUCCGCAAAGAUACGAGAGAGAGAUUGUUUGUGGACAAGCUGAAAUUUUGUGCUGAAUAAAAGACAAUGACGUCACUGCAACACCCACAA